AGAGAAAAAAAAAAUCCCCUAAACGUUGGGUUGAGAGGUCGCGGCGCGGUUGAUGCUCGUCCCUGGCCGCCAAGCGAAAAAUAGGGGAGCCAGCCAGCCAGCCAGCGACGCGAGGAGAGGAAAAAUAAAAAAAAUCAAAUCUCCCGAUGGGAGGAUGUGAUAAUUAUUAAAUAAAUUACCAGAGAGCAACAGCGACAUAUUUGAAGGGGAGCCCUGGCUUAUCUUUCGCGAUUCCAACCGUUUUGAUUGAUGUAAGCGGCGGUUAGCGAGCAGCGCGAGGCACAAUUGUUUGAAUUUUUGAACCGUGGUUGCCGUUGCCCCUCUCCCCUCCUCCCCUUCGCAUUCAGCUUUCUUCCUUUUUUUAAAAAUUAUUUCCCUCUCUGCUCCUUUUUCUUCACCCCCUUCUCCCUCCUCCUCCUCCUUUCCCCAUCCUCCCCUCCAGUCCACCUUUCUCCCCCCUUCCUUCCUUCCUUCCCUUCCCCGGCUCCACCAUGUCCAUCUUGCCGUUCACGCCGCCCAUCGUCAAGCGUUUGCUGGGCUGGAAGAAAGGAGGCGAGUCGCCGUCGCCCUCCUCCUCCUCCUCCUCUCAGUCGCCGAGCCAACAGCAGCAGAACAGCGGGCAGGAUGAUAAGUGGUGCGAGAAAGCAGUCAAGAGCCUGGUGAAGAAACUCAAGAAAACCGGUCAACUGGACGAACUGGAGAAGGCCAUCACCACCCAAAGCUGCAACACCAAGUGUGUCACCAUCCCCAGCACAUGCUCUGAAAUUUGGGGACUGAGUACACCUGGUACAGUAGAUCAGUGGGAUACAACAGGCCUUUACAGCUUUCCUGAGCAAACCAGAUCACUUGAUGGCCGGCUGCAGGUUUCUCAUCGUAAAGGAUUGCCUCAUGUCAUUUACUGUCGCUUGUGGCGCUGGCCUGAUCUUCAUAGUCACCAUGAGCUACGAGCAAUUGAAACUUGUGAAUAUGCUUUCAAUCUCAAGAAGGAUGAAGUGUGUGUUAACCCAUACCACUAUCAAAGGGUGGAAACGCCAGUUUUACCUCCAGUACUGGUGCCACGACACACUGAAAUUCCAGCAGAAUUGCCCCCACUUGAUGACUACACUCAUUCCAUCCCUGAAAACACUAAUUUUCCAUCUGGAAUAGAACCACAGAGCAACUAUAUCCCAGAAACACCACCCCCUGGCUAUAUUAGUGAAGAUGGGGAAACCAGUGAUCAACAAAUGAACCAAAGUAUGGAUACAGGGUCUCCUGCAGAAAUGUCACCAAGUACCUUAUCACCAGUUAACCACAGCUUGGAUCUACAACCUGUAACCUAUUCAGAGCCAGCAUUUUGGUGUUCAAUAGCAUACUAUGAGUUAAACCAGAGAGUUGGUGAAACCUUUCAUGCAUCUCAGCCUUCACUAACCGUGGAUGGAUUUACAGACCCAUCAAACUCGGAAAGAUUUUGUCUGGGUUUGCUAUCCAAUGUCAACAGAAAUGCAACAGUUGAAAUGACACGGCGACAUAUUGGCAGAGGAGUGAGAUUAUAUUACAUCGGUGGGGAGGUUUUUGCUGAGUGCCUGAGUGAUAGUGCCAUCUUUGUUCAAAGUCCUAAUUGUAAUCAGAGAUACGGCUGGCAUCCUGCAACAGUGUGCAAAAUUCCACCAGGUUGUAAUCUGAAAAUAUUUAAUAACCAAGAGUUUGCAGCGCUUCUGGCUCAGUCUGUAAACCAAGGCUUUGAAGCUGUUUACCAGUUAACCAGAAUGUGCACAAUUAGGAUGAGUUUUGUGAAAGGCUGGGGUGCUGAAUAUAGGCGGCAGACUGUGACGAGCACUCCUUGUUGGAUUGAACUCCAUCUGAAUGGUCCCUUGCAGUGGCUUGACAAAGUUUUAACCCAGAUGGGAUCUCCAUCUGUCCGUUGCUCAAGCAUGUCCUAAAUAUCCACACACCUAUCUCAGUAUCAAAACUGGACUAAAUAUGUCCAGUCAACAGACCUGAACAGCUUUUCUGUUGCCGUACUUGUGUGUUAUCCCAGAGACUGUUCAUGAACAUAAAACAAAAUCAAAAAGAAUGGCACUUGAUCUCAUCAACUAAAGCACCUUGUUGAGUUUUAUUAUCCCUCACCCAGAUUAUGAUAUAAAUGUAUUAGUAUUAGUGUAUUAAACACAUGAAUAUAGCCUAUGACUGAGGGUUGAAGGAAAUGUUGUGUAUAAAGACAAUUGUAUUAUAUCGAAAGCACAUCAUGUAUCAAUAGUGCCUGAGGUUCAUCAAUAACAUGUACAGUUGUUCAGCUGCAUUGAUCCACAUCCACUCACAGUAUAUUUUAGAAUAACAUAAUCAUUGUCAAAUUAAUUUAUCCUUGCCUCCUCUUACACUUAUGUGAAGGAUUAAAAUAUAUCAGAGAAUUUAAUUAGCACAAAUUGCAGAUAAUAAGCCAGAAUAAUCUUCUGGAUAAUGAUAAAUUAAAAAAAAGAGCAGCUGGACAUUUAGCUGCAAAUAGGAAGCAUGAAUUUAAUUUUCUUCAUUAUAUUGAAUCGUAUUUAAUUUUGGGAGAAUUAUUAAGACAAUGUGAUAUUAUUUUUUUUUUGCUUCUGCAAAAAUCUAUGAAUGGCUGUGCUGACCUAAAAAUGUGUUGUGGGUAAACGGGCAUUUUUAGGGAUGGAAUUGCAAUGAGAAAUGAGUAGGGAUGUAAUCAGAAAUGGCAUGGUGUUUAUUUUGCAACUGGUGGUACAGAAGUAGCACAGGUUGCUCUUUAAUGUUAAUCUACUCAAACUGAACUGUGGUGGAUUGAAAAUAUGAAUAUCUUUUAGUACAUUAUCAAAUAGUGGGAUAAUUAUAUUUUAGGUUGAACAAAUUGGUGCAUUUAUAUUUAACUUGCUGGUUAAAUUUAAUAUGCAGUGACACGUUUCUUCAAAAUUAUGUAUACACAUAAAUCGGGUUAUUUCAGCUGUUUAAGAAAGAACUGCAGAUGCUGGAAAAAUCGAAGGUAGACAAAAAAUGCUGGAGAAACUCAGCGGGUGAGGCAGCAUCUCCGGAGAGAAGGAAUAGGGGACAUUUUGGGUCGAGACCCUUCUUCUGGUUGGGCUAUUUCAGCUGCUUCUUGUUGCCUUUUAAUUUAUCUGAGAAUACAUGUAGAACUGUUGCAGUAUUGAUAUGUCCAUUACUGAACAAAGGUUUAGCUGUUCUUGCGCAUGUUGUCUGUUGCAGUAUUUUAGCACUUACUGUAAUUGAGAAACUCACUGAAUCAGUCUGAUUUUUUUUUUUUUUUUUUUUUCAUUUGUGGCUGUCACUUUGGCCAAAUUGUAAUUAGAACAAAGGGAGAAUUUGUAAGGUUUACAAGAAUGUUUAAAUAGACAGUUGUUGUAAUGUUUUAAUUGGUGAACUGUUUGUAUGCAGCUGAGAUCCUUUGCAUCAGUGUUGCCUGUGGUUACCAAUUAUGAAUUUUGAUGUUGCCCUGCAGUUAAUUUCUUUGCCCAGCAUUGAAAGUGUUUGAAAUUGGAUAGUUACUGAUCCAGCAACAGAAUUUCAACUGAAUGGGUUGUUUCUUGAAUUGCCAGGUUUGAUGUUUCAGGAAAUAGCAUUAUAUCUAAAUAUAAUUAUAACUGAAAUGAGCAGUGUCCCUGGUGUUCUGAAACAUUUAGAACAUUUUGUGUUACUAUUUUGGUGAUCUGGAGUCUUUUCUUAUUCAUAGAUAAUGCCAAUCACUGCUCUUUAAUUUUCAAUGUUACCUCUUGUUCAGACUAAUCAGUACAUACACGGAGGCUGUGCCAUUUGUUGAUUUAACAGUGACAUAACAGUUAGGGAGGACAAGGCUAUCAAUCCAGUUUAGUUCAAUAUUAAACUGCAAGAGUAAAAUUAUCUUUUGCCAUUGGCGUAUCAUAUUAAAUGUAAUGAAUGUUGGCUGUGAAGUGCAAAAUGCCCUUCAUUACUCCAGAUAUUAUGUUGGAUUUUUCGAACUUUCAGAACAUUGGAUUAGGUAAAAUAUUACACUUUUUAUUUAAUCUAAUGAAAAUGAAAAAAUUGAGACCUGAAAAAUGAAACAUUGAGUUUCCUUUCCUUCUCCACAGUUAGAUAUUCUGAAUGUGGUAUAAUUUUACAUAUGAAUCAAACGUCAUUCAUAAAUAAAAAAAAGGCUCCGCAUGUAAAGAUGACUUGGAAGCAGUGCUUCAGGUUCAAAUUUUGAUUUGCAUUUGAGAUUGAGCCACAAAAAAGUACACAACUUGCAUUUGCUGUUUCAAAAUCAGGCUUGCAGUUUCAGAACAAUUUCAGGAUAAUUACUGUACAUGUUGUUCAUAUUCCUCAACACUACAAACUUGUGCACCCAAACUGGUUAGAGAAUACACAUUUUAAUGUGUUCUAAUUGGAGGAUUUUUUUUUUUGAGGGGCUAUGUAACUUGUAAUAUAGACACCAAAUGUACAACUUACUAAUGAUUCUGUGACCUAACUCUGUCAUAAUUUCCCUUUUUCUGUGGCAGUAGCAGGAUUUAAAAUUUAUUUUACAUUUUUAUUUCUCUAUAUUACACUAGUGCUGUACUUUGUAAGUGCAGCCAGUGGUAGCUUUUUUUGAGAACAAAGAUGGCCAGUGUUAAUGCUUCAAAUUGGUGGAGGUUGAAGGUUAAUUUUGCCAUAGAGAAUUGGAAAUGGAAGAAAGUAGCACCAAAUAGAAAAUGGGCCAACUUUUUAAAGAAAAAAAAUAGAGCAUUCUAUUUGCGAGCUGGUUUUACCAGUAGAAUUCUGUAUUGGUAGAACCCAGGAAUUUGGGAAGAACAGGAGCUUCUGGCUUGUUACAUGUGUGGAUUAAGUGAGUACACUAAUAAACAUUUAAUUCUGAUGCUCUUAA